GUUUGAAGUUUGUCUGUCAAGUGAGUUCAUCUUCUCUGGAAACAAAUGAAAAGCUGCUGCUGCGUCUCUGAACUAGUCUGGAGUUAAAUGACAAGCAGACCCGGACACGGAGACACUCAGUGAUACUCGGGGCACGAUGGAGAGCACUAAGGGAUUACUUCGCUGCAAGAUUGUGGUGGUCGGAGAUGCGCAGUGUGGAAAGACGGCUCUCCUGCACGUUUUUGCGAAGGACUCGUACCCGGAGAACUAUGUUCCCACGGUGUUCGAGAACUACACAGCCAGCUUUGAGAUCGACAAACAGAGGAUCGAGCUCAACAUGUGGGACACUUCAGGUUCAGCCUACUACGACAAUGUGCGGCCUCUGGCGUAUCCUGAUGCGGACGCUGUGCUCAUCUGCUUCGAUAUCAGCCGCCCAGAAACACUGGACAGCGUGCUGAAAAAGUGGCAGGGCGAGACGCAGGAGUUCUGUCCUAAUGCCAAAGUGGUGCUGGUCGGCUGCAAGUUGGACAUGAGGACGGACCUCAACGUCUUAAGAGAGCUUUCCAAACACAGACUCAUUCCUGUCACUCACGAACAGGGAACUCAUUUGGCGAGGCAGAUCGGUGCCGUGGCCUACGCAGAGUGCACCUCGAAGUACUCUGAGAACAGCGUCCGCGAUGUUUUCCACGUCACCACACUGUCGUCCGUGUUUCGCAUUCACCGGCCUCAGCUCAAACGUGCUGGAUCACGUCGCGGCCUGAAGCGGGUCUCCCAGCAGCCGCCUCGGACUGAAAUUCACGAGCAGACUCCCCCCGUCAGAAAGGACCGGGCCAAAAGCUGCACACUCAUGUAGGACCAGCAACCUGACCCGUGUGCACUGAUGGACAUGCAGCCAUACUGCACAUGAACUUAAUUUAUUGGUGAAUUCUUGUCAGAUCUUUGCACUGCAUAAAGGAAGAUACAAGAACGAUUGCUUUCCCCGUGGAGUUCUUUUGAGGAGUUGUUUGUCAAGUCUUUCCUUGUUAUCUUUCUCUGUGGCCGUGUUCUUAUCAGGGGAAGUUCCACUUUUACUUGAACAAUAUAACAAACAUCGUCACGGACACAAAAGGGAGGUGAGAGAUGAAAUAUGAGGACAGAUAAAAAGUGAGUGUGCAUAUGAAAUGAAAAUUUAACGAUAAGAAAUAUCAACUUGAAGGUCUUGACCUCUUUUGUGUUGCUUCCUUUUUUUUGAAAUGCUAUUCUUUCUUUAAGUGUUUAAGUAAACGAAGCACAAAUACGAUGCACGCAAACUUUUAAGAGUCAUUCACAAAUGUCUCGAAUGAUCUCUGCUGUUUCACUUCAUGACUAAUUGAAAACAACAUUUGGACAGACAAAAAAAAGAAAACUACAAAGAAACUGUGGGCUGAGAUCACACUAAUUUUCUUAAACCACAAGUGCUUUUAAUAUUGAGAUCUGAAUCAUCACUGACCACAUAAUACUGAAGUGUUGUGAAAUUAAUACUGUUAUAAUAAUGCACACUGGAGGGACGAGUCAUUCAAAGGGAGUAAAGGUGACUGUUACAGUAUGUUGUACAUGUGAUAAUGAAAUAAAAAAAACUUGCUCUGCUGAG